GGCCGCAGCCACCUCAUCUGUGCCUGGGCCGGCUGGGGCCCGGGGAAACGUUUUUUUUAGGUGACGGUCUUCCUCUCCUUACAAUUGUUGGCCGAGAAAGAACUGGAAACAAGAUGUAACUUGGUGGUGGCAGUGCUUAGCCAUGAAGAUGUACCCACGUACAGUUAGAGUUAUUCAAUGUCCAGGAAUCAGAAGACAUGUAUUUGCAUCUCUGGUUUUGCCAUUUCUUACUUGACUUGACUUUCACUGAGUAUGUUUCUUCAUCAGUAAAAUUGAGGUAUUUUUUUUACCACCUGUGGAAACUUUGUAAUUCAUUUUUCCUCACUGAAAUAUUAAGAAUUAUACCAAAUUGAAAAGAUAUGAAUGAGUAUCCUAAAAAAAGAAAAAGGAAGACUUUACACCCUUCUCGUUAUUCAGAUUCCUCUGGAAUAAGCAGAAUUGCAGAUGGAUUCAAUGGGAUUUUUUCUGAUCGUUGUUACAGUGUCUGCUCUAUGAGACAGCCAGACUUAAAAUAUUUUGACAACAAAGAUGAUGAUUCUGAUACCGAGACAUCAAAUGACUUGCCAAAAUUUGCAGAUGGAAUCAAGGCCAGAAACAGAAAUCAGAACUAUCUGGUUCCCAGUCCUGUGCUUAGAAUUAUAGACCACACUGCCUUUUCUGCAGAAAAAUCUGCUGAUGUAGAAAUUUGUGAUGAAGAGUGUGAUUCACCCGAAUCAAUCAACCAGCAAACUCAAGAGGAGAGUCCUAUAGAAGUUCACACCGCUGAAGAUGUCCCCAUUGCUGUAGAAGUGCAUUCCAUUUCUGAGGAUUAUGACAUAGAGACAGAAAACAAUUCCUCUGAGAGCCUCCAAGACCAAACUGAUGAAGAACCACCAGCUAAGCUUUGUAAAAUUCUUGACAAGAGCCAAGCUUUGAAUGUGACUGCUCAGCAGAAAUGGCCUUUACUGAGAGCUAAUAGCAGUGGCCUCUAUAAAUGUGAACUUUGUGAAUUCAAUAGUAAAUAUUUUUCUGAUUUAAAACAGCAUAUGAUCCUGAAGCAUAAACGUACCGAUUCAAAUGUGUGUCGAGUAUGUAAGGAAAGCUUCUCUACCAAUAUGCUUCUGAUUGAACAUGACAAACUACACGAAGAAGAUCCCUACAUUUGUAAAUACUGCGAUUACAGGGCAGUAAUUUUUGAGAACCUCAGCCAGCACAUUGCAGACACCCACUUUAGUGAUCACCUGUAUUGGUGUGAGCAGUGUGACGUGCAGUUCUCCUCAAGCAGCGAACUCUACCUGCAUUUCCAGGAGCACAGCUGUGAUGAACAGUACUUGUGUCAGUUCUGUGAACAUGAAACAAAUGAUCCAGAAGACUUGCAUAGCCAUGUUGUAAAUGAGCAUGCGUGUAAAUUAAUAGAACUAAUCGAUAAGUAUAACAAUGGAGAACAUGGACAAUACAGUCUCUUAAGCAAAAUUACCCUUGACAAAUGUAAGAACUUCUUUGUGUGUCAAGUAUGUGGUUUUCGGAGUAGACUUCAUACAAAUGUUAACAGGCAUGUUGCUAUUGAACAUACUAAAAUAUUUCCUCAUGUUUGUGAUGACUGUGGGAAAGGCUUUUCAAGUAUGCUAGAAUAUUGCAAGCAUUUAAAUUCACAUCUAUCUGAAGGGAUUUAUUUAUGUCAAUAUUGCGAAUAUUCAACAGGACAGAUUGAAGAUCUUAAAAUUCAUCUAGAUUUCAAGCAUUCGGCUGACUUGCCUCAUAAAUGUAGUGACUGCUUGAUGAGGUUUGGAAAUGAAAGGGAAUUAAUAAGUCACCUUCCAGUCCAUGAAACUGAAAGACCCUCUGACUCCCUGUCCAAGGAAAAGCACACGAGACACUGGCUGCAAAAAUUAACACUUGCCCAAACUGCUGUCAAAGCCAAAGAAGAAAUAGAAAUAUCUCCAUCAAACAGAACACAAGGGGAGCUAGCUGACCACCGAUCAAAUCUGUUUGUAGCUUUGCUGAGGAAACUUCUAGGGAAACAUCUGUGGGACAGUGACUGCCUGAAAAGUGAUGUUCUGCCAGUGCAGAGCAGGCCAGAGGCUGACCUCCUGGAGCAGACCUCAGAGAGGAGCUGGACCUCCUGGGCAGGAGGAGCAGGCACAGGCUGCAGGUUCUUGCUCCAGGAGUCAACAUUCAUUGCUGUCUUUUCAGGCAUGCGUGUGGCUAGUGAUUUUCAUCUUACUCAUGUUAGAGAUUUAUAUGAAGAAAAGCAAGCUGAGGGGUCUGAGGGACAGUCUUGUCUUAUACAACUCAUGGACAAGCUACAUUUGGGCCCAGUCCCCAAGAUCACCAUUCCAGCAGAACUGGUACCAGCUAGAAAACCUCUAACUUCAUUGGGCGUCAUCAUGGGCUAUAGCAUGAACCCUGUGGACAUGCCCAAGGCCAAUAACCUGCCUGAUGGUGGGCUUAUGAUGAAGGAACAGGUGUGGGGCAUGUGA